AACGUGAAAACUUCCUCUUUGCGCGGAACCAGCGUCCAAGAUGUCGCUUGUCAUUCCAGAGAAGUUCCAGCACAUUCUGCGUGUUCUUAACACGAACAUCGACGGAAGACGUAAAAUCGCCUUCGCCAUCACCGCCAUCAAGGGUGUUGGACGGCGAUAUGCUCACGUGGUGUUGAGGAAGGCGGAUAUUGACCUGAGUAAGAGGGCCGGAGAACUCACUGAAGAUGAGGUAGAGAGAGUCGUGACCAUUAUGCAGAACCCUCGCCAGUACAAAAUCCCAGACUGGUUCCUCAACAGACAGAAGGACGUUAAAGAUGGAAAGUACAGUCAGGUCCUUGCCAACGGUCUGGACAACAAACUGAGAGAAGAUCUGGAGAGACUGAAGAAGAUCCGGGCUCACCGCGGUCUCCGUCACUUCUGGGGUCUGCGUGUACGCGGUCAGCACACCAAGACCACUGGACGUCGCGGUCGUACUGUGGGUGUGUCCAAGAAGAAGUAAACGUUCAAUAAAAGUCAAGAGUACAGCCA